AUGAACGCUCUUUCGCUACAAACUAUAUGCGAUAAGAAGCUAAUAAUAUAAUUCUAGACUUUAAUUACUUAGUUUCAUUGAAUGCUUAACUAGAAGGAAGAAUUCACUUACCAAGUAAACUCCUCCAAUCCAAUUCAGUCAAUGCAAAGUGAGAGGUAAAAGCCGAACUCUAUGAAUGAGCAUAUUUCUUUAACUUUUCUACUGUUAUAAUAUAUUUUUACUAGUCUAUCAAGGUAGAGCAUCUAUUUACUUCUGCACACUUUAUUCAACAUUCAAGAUGGCAGCUUCAGAACUAAGUCAAUUAAGUCAAGAAAAAGAAGAUAAAAAGAAUAGCUUUGAAAAGGAUGUCUUACAAAAGGAAACUACUGAGAAAGAGAACGGGAACGAAAAUGAAGGUUUUGAUCUUGGUUUAGAAGAAAAAGACGUUCCUCUGAAGCGUCCGCGAAAAAAAAUUGCUAAAUUUGAUGAGGAAAGACUAGCAUCUGAGAAUGGCAUUCCAAAGCUCCAACAAUUGAGGAAAAAAGUAAAUUUGAAAGGAAAGGGUCAUGAAUUAGGGGAUUUAAAAAGAAUUUUAUCAAUGUAUCAUGUUUGGACACAUGAGUUAUAUCCACGGGCUACUUUUGAUGAUUCUAUAGCUUACUUGAACAGACUAGGAUCUAUGCGUUCCGUAAAAGUGCGUAGGCGUGGUUGGAUCAAUGAAAUUUCUGAUGAAAGUGUAGUUGGUCAGGAAAGCUUACAGGACUUGUCUUAUGACCAACCUUUUAUGGAACCAAAAAGGUUUCCUUCCAACCAAGAUUCGUAUAUGGAAAAUGGCGAAGACGCUUCAUUCGUUAUUCCAGAUGCUGAGGACGAUUAAACAUGUUUAAUAAUUUUCCGCUAGUGAGAUUUUUUCCUUUUUUCGGUUUAUCGAAAAGCUUAGCUUUUAUCUAUAAGUUAGUCAGUUAGUGGACCAUAAAAAAAUCCAACAGAGAUGAUUUAUGCUUUCAUAAAGCCUCGUUACUUAUGAAGCUUUGUUUCAUGAAGACUGGCUGCUCAUGCAUUUUUAGUGGAUCCCUUGUCAUCCGUGGAAGGUCAAAGUUAUAAAAACAGUUUACACUGUGUGCAUUAUGCAAGCUUCAUUUCGUUUUCUCAUAUCACAUAUCUUUAUAUUCGACUAAGGGAAUCUGUUGAGCAGUUUAUGAUAUAUGCUCAUUCAGCUCAUCGCCGAAGAUCUCGCAAGAUAUAGUUUCACACUGGAGAUAAAUAAGCUAUUUGGUAAAGAACCUUGUCAGUUUGGGUGAAAGACUCUUAGGGAUACCUUCCAUCUAUUCGUAUAUACAAGUAUAUGUGAGUUUAAAAUAAUAUCACUUGUAUUGACAAACAAAAGGCUUUCAUAUAUUAUUUAUAUUAUAUAU